AUGGCCAGAAAAAGUAAAAGAUUGCAAUCAUUACUGCCUGAAAACAAUGAAUUACUACAAACCAGAUUAGAUAUUGGCUAUGGAAUUAGAUCAAAUGUCUUGAUUAAUAAUUUGUCUAAUCUGGAAGAAAAUAUCAAAAAAGUUGAUGGUGUAAGAACCCGUUCAAUGACUAGAUCGAAUAUUAACAAAAAAAAUACGGACUUUCAAGUUGGAAAUGCAGAUUUAAAUGAGGUUUUUAAGACUACGGAGGUUGAUAUUGCUUCUCCCACAAAAAAAUCAAAGACUAAACAAAAAAAUUCCAGGAACCUUAAAUUUAAUAAAACCAAACAAAAGAAUCAAGAUGUAAAAUAUAAUGAACAUAAUGAUAUAAAAAACAAUGACGAUAGUUCUUCUCUUGACUGCAAAAAAAAAAUUAUUUUAAUAAAUGAUACGGAUGAUGCAUUCGAAUCUGGAAAUUGUGGAACAGAAAGAAUUCAAUUUAACGAUAUAUCUCGGUUAGAUAGUUUAUUGCCACCUACUGCCCCUGAGUCUCAAGAUAAUUCUCCAAUUAGAGGAAACAGCAAUAAUGAAUUUAUUGUUGGGGAAGAGUCCAUUUUUACUGAUGUUAACGAACUUCAAUCAGAAAAUAGGCUUGAGAAUCUUUUAUCUCAAGACCAAAAUACGAAUUUAUCAAUUUAUGAACAUCUUUUUAAGCCCGAAAAUAAAGCAAAUUUAGAUAGAUUGAAGAAAAUCAAGUUAUCAGAAAAAUACGAAUAUUUGAUCGACAUUUUCCAAGGUUUAGAAAUAGUUUUGAGGUUACUUGAAAGAAGACAAAAACCAUUUUUUUACCAUACUUUUAUCAGAGAACAGGUGGAAAAUAUCACCAAGAAAACAUUUUCUCUUGAAAAUUUGCUUCGAAUUGUUUGGAUAUCUCCUCAAUUAAUAUCUAUUAAGUGGUGUAAAACAAACAAACUCAAUAUUAAUGUACUGGAUUCCCCAAAUAACAAAUUAAAUGAAUAUUAUGGCCAAUAUGAAUUAGAAAUAAUUUUGAACAAUGGAAUUAAUAAUCCACUAAAUAGGCUUUCUCAUUCGAAUAUAAAUGAAAGAGUAGAUAUUUUUAGACUGAUAUUAAUUGAUUUUACCAUUUUUCAACAAGAAAUUUAUUUAAAACAAAUAAUAACGAAAGAUAUUCAAGCAAAUUCCGAUAUAUUAGAGCUGAAAGGUUGGUCAUCUUUUUUCAAUAUCGAAAACUGCGUCGAAAUCCCAAAGGCAAAAUUACCUCAAAAAAAAAAUAGCAAUAGCAAUUUACAUAACAGUAUUAAAAAAAGUGGGCAAAGAAUAAAUAACUUAAGUUUGACCCCAAACACAAGGAGCUUAUAUAAUUUAAAAGUAAUAAGUAGUCUAUCAAAUUUAGAAGAACAGAUCGAACAUGAAAAAAAUAAUAGAAGAUCACUUUCUGCAGAUAAUAUAAAGAAAGACGAGAGUAAUGGUGUACUAGUAACCCCGUUAAGAAGUAAAAAAUCUAUUUUUGAAACAAAUUUAAUUGAUGGAAAUAAAGAUAAAGAUAAAUUGAUUACUGAUCCUCAUCCUUCAAACAAUAUAAACAUAUCAUCGACACCUAAUAGAAGCUUUAGGUCAUCAUACAUGCUUUCUCGUUCUAUUUCCCCUAAGAUAACUUCAAGCAAUGCAAGAAUACCUUUAUGCAACACAAAAUUUUCCAAAUCAGUCACAAUUCUUUCAAAAAAUAAAAGCUUGUUGACACCUUCUCAAAAAGAUCUUCUUGAGAGCGUUAAAAGAAGAGAAAAAAUAAAGGAAAUUAGUAACAUGAUAAAUGUGGAGGAUGAGGGGUUUAACGAAAAACUAGAUCAAGUAAAAAAUGAAAUAUGGACAAUACAACAAUUAUCUUUUGUUUUUCUAGGAACCAAGAAGUUAAUUCCUACAACUCAGCUUCCCUUAUUGGCAAAAAGAUUAACAACGUCCGCACGGAAUUCUCCGGAGGUUAGCAAGGUACAGGAUUCCAUCAUUAGACUGUCCACUAAAUGGCCAGAAUAUAUUAAAUUGGGUAAUUCAACCGUAGAUAAAGGGGUUAAACUAGUUAAACUUCAUAUUAACGAUGAUAAUUUAUCCGAUAUAAUUAAGGAAUUGAACAAAGAAAAGGAAUCAAUAUUUAAGCAAAGAGAAGAAUUUAGGUUGGAGACAAUUUCUAAAUACAAAUAA